AUGACUCUGAAUCUCUCAAAAAUUCGUUCAGAUGAAGUGCAAGAUCGAUCUAAAGUAAAUAAUGAAGAAAAUGUAAGUACUAGUAAUGUUAUUUCUGCAGCUGUACAUGACAGUAGUUCUAAAGAUUUACAAACCGACGUUGACAAUCAUGUACAAAAAAAUAUUUUUGCUGAUGCAUUAGAUAUUGGUAACUUUAUUGGCAGUCAAAGUUCAAAAUUAAGUAAUGAUAAAAAAUAUCUUGCAUUGACAAAAAUAUGGAGACCGGAUAUUUUAUAUAAUUUUCCCAAAGAUAAAGAUUCAAGAAAAUUUCAAUUAAAAUGGCUUAACGAUUUUCCGUGGUUAUCUUAUAGUCAAAAACACGAAGGGGUUUAUUGUAAAACUUGUGUGUUAUUUUCUCGUGAUGUAGUAGGGAAAAGUAAAGAAAAUGCAGGUCAAUUAUGCACUAAGCCAUUAAAUAAGUACAAAAAAGCUCUCGAACUGUUUAAAAAACAUUCAAAUAACGAUUAUCAUAAAUUUUCAAUUAUCAAAGCGGAUGAUUUUAAAAAUGUUGUCGAAUCUACUGAGAAAGAGCUUUUGAAAUUUCGUAUAGAUUCAGGUGAUGAUGUUUUGAAAAACCAUCUUCAAAAUUGUCCGAAAAAUGCUAGUUUUAUUAGUAAAACAACACAGAACGAUUUGAUCGAUUGCUGUGCUAGUGUAAUUCUUGGUAAAAUUGUAAAUGCUAUUAAAGAAUCAAAAUAUUUCUCAAUACUUGUUGAUGAAACAACCGAUAUAAGUACUAGUGAACAAUUAAUUUUGUGCAUUCGCUAUGUUUUUCAUAAUAAAGUGCAAGAAGAUUUCUUAAAAUUAAUUAUUGUUGAAAAUACAACUGGUUAUAAUCUUUCUAAAGUAAUACUACGCCAAUUAGAUGACUUGGGGCUUAAUAUAAAAUAUUUGCGUGGUCAAGGCUACGACGGAGGGGGUAAUAUGUCCGGAAAAUAUCAAGGCGUACAAGCUCAAAUACUAAAAAUUCAGCAUCUUGCUUUGUAUACACAUUGUGCUUCACAUUGUUUAAAUUUAAGUAUAUCAAAAGCGUGUUCUAAAAUUUUGAUUCGGAAUAUUGUUGGUAACAUACAAGAGAUUAUAACUUUUUUCCGCGCGUCACCAAAACGAAUGUUACCCUUAAAGACUACAUUAACGAACGUGUUACCUAAUUCUAAAUCAUGUAGACUUAAAUCUGUAUGUGAAACACGCUGGGUUGAACGACACGAUGCAAUUCUUCAAUUAUACGAUGUUAUUAUAAAUUGUUUGGACGAACUUGGAAACUCUUAUGAGGAAACUACGCUCACUACUAGUAAAGCUAAUAAUUUACUAAAUUGUAUGUUGAAAUUUGAAUUUUUAAUUACGCUUCAAGUUUUGGCAGAAUUAUUUUCAAUUACUUUGCCUCUUUCUAAGCAACUACAAAAUCAAAAUUUGGAAUAUUUUCAAUCUUUGCAAAUGGUUAAUACUAUUUUAGAAGAGUUAGAAAAUAAAAGAAAAAACAAUAUUCAAAGUUUUAAUUCGAUUUAUACCAAAUCAUUAAUAUCAGCUGAUAUGCAUAAGAUAGAAGUAAAAAAACCCCGAACGUGUUCAAAACAAACUAAUCGCGAAAAUAUAUUGACCAACGACCCAAAAAAAUAUUUUCGUUUGACCUUAUACUUACCAUUUUUGGAUUAUUUAAUAUCGGAAAUUAAAAAUAGAUUUGUAGGUCACGGUCAUGAAACGAUUAUGCGUUUACAAUAUUUAAUACCAUUUUUUUUUUUACACGAAAAUACAGACAUCGAAAAAAUUAUUGAAUCGGCCAAACUUUAUGUUGAUGAUCUAAUUGGAUCAAUUGAAGAAGUUAAGUUACCACUUGCACUGCAGAAAGAACAUUUUCCUCACUUCGACGAACAAAAACUUAUCUAA